AUGUCUACCAAUAUUGCGUUAUUUGAAAAAGUUUAUAAUUUUCUCCAUGAUUCCCCUUUAGAACAUAUCACGGCAGUUUCCAUAGUCAAUCAAGUAAUAAAAGAAGAGCCGUGGUUCCCAAAGGAAGAUUCGAGGCAAUUAAUUUAUAAGGCGAUUGCUUCUAUAAAAAAUCUGUAUGGAGAGAAUUCUGGGAAAUAUAAGAAACUCAUUGAAAUUCCGUUUAAGUUUGAUGACGCUUUCGAAGGGGUGUGUAGUCUUCGAGAUAUUGAUUUGGCGAAACGGGAUGAACAGGUAUCCACUAAGGAGAUUGAAACGAAUUUGCGGAAACUGAAGCUGAAUCUUGACCCUGAAGCAAGUCAAGUAAUUAGUAGCGAUUCAAAAAUUAUACGGCGUUUAUCUGAGGAGGCGGAAGAUGAAUAUAACCAUUAUAUGGAGCCGGUAAAACGUAUGGAGGGAACAACUCCUCUUCGUAUCAAAGAUGUAUGUAAUGAGUUUGUGAUGAGCUAUAAUAAUACCAUGUAUGAGGGGGUGCCUAUUGAGCUUUCACAUGGAAAUUGGGAUGAGUCGGAAGAAGAUGUUGUAGGGAUAGCAUCUGGAAUACUUGAUACAAUAGGAAGUAUUUGGAGAAAUCCAGCGUUUGGGGAGAAGUUCGCAAAAUCUCAAAACGAAGGGACAUAUGUGACGGAUAUUAUAGUCCCUGUAGUGAAAGCUUCAUUAGAAAAACUACCAAUAAAGAGUUUCGCCUUCGUUAGCACAGCGGAACGACAAAGUAUAGCAAGUAAAGAUCGAAGGGGGAAGACUGGCAAGCGCCCCGAUAUUAUGUUCAUGGUAAAGUGUGGGAGAAAAAUCUACGAAUUAAUGUUUGCCGAAUGUUCUCGUCUUUUUUGUGAUAAAGAUAAGGAAGAAAAUGAUUGGGUGAAGUUAUGGAGAGAAAUGAAUGAUGGCAUGUAUUGGGUGCACAAAGGUUGUAAGCCAGAAAAAGACGAGUUCGGAAUUAUUGGGAUACAAGUUGCCGGACAAAAGUUUCACCUGUACGUUCUCAUUCGGGGUGGAGAUGGAGUAGAUAAACUUUAUAGACUACGUUCGGUGGAUAUCCCAGUACAAUUCACAGAUAGAGAUACUGUAUAUAAUUUUGUGGAGGCGCUGUUGCUAUUACGGAAAAUCCUAAUCGUUAACCUAUCUUUGCUAUUAAAUGCGGAUCGUGGUUUACACGGAGAUAAAGAAGAUAGUUCGACAGUAUCAUCACCCCCAUAUGACGAUUAG